AUGCGUGGACUCCCCUUGGAUUCCUCUUCUUCAGGUAAGAGAUGGCGUGUGUUGGCCGCAGCAUUGGCGGCCGUAAUUAUUCUAGGCUUCUCCACUCACUUGUUUUCAUACAUUGCUAUCUAUCUCACUGCAGAUGCCACAGAUUUAUGUCCAGUGUGGGAUAUCAUGAGACCCGAGAGUUUCUACAAGGACAACAGUACCGUCUUGAAGAUUUUGUACGAUAGCGAGUUCAGAGCACUCUCCAUUGACCAUUGGUCCAAGGCAGUUCAAGUGGAUACUCAAAUCUACGACUCUCCUCCACCAGUCGAUGAGCACCCAGAAGCUUGGACUAAAUUCAAGAAGUUCCACCAAUACUUGGAGGACACAUUUCCACAGGUCCACACUAAGUUAGAGAAGUUCACUGUCAACACAUACGGUUUGGUAUUCUAUUGGAAAGGCUCGGACGAGUCUUUGAAGCCAGUGAUGCUUACUGCCCAUCAAGACGUGGUGCCAGUUCAGAAGGACACAUUGGGUGACUGGACUUAUCCGCCAUUUGAAGGACACUGUGAUGGUGAAUACUUAUACGGAAGAGGUGCUGCAGACACCAAGAACGUUUUGAUUGCCAUCAUGGACACAUUGGAGCUUUUGUUGAGCGAAGGCUACGAACCUAAGCGUGGCAUUGUGGCUGCUUUUGGAAUGGACGAAGAGGUUUCUGGAUUCCACGGUGCUGCUCAUAUCUCGCAAUUCCUCGAGGAAAAGUUUGGCAAGGACGGAAUUUAUGCCCUUGUUGAUGAAGGUGGAGGACUCACUGUUGACCCACCAACAGGAGCCAUUGUUGCUCCAAUUGGCACGGGUGAGAAGGGAUACAUCGAUGUGAUUGUAGACCUUAUUACUCCUGGUGGUCACUCGUCUGUUCCUCCAGACCAUACCUCUAUUGGCAUUAUGGGUGAGCUUUCUUAUAUCAUCGAAAAGGACCCUUAUCAGCCUAUUUUCACACCCAAGAACCCCAUCUUUGGCUACAUGCAAUGCUUGGCUACUCACUCUGGUGACAAGAUGUCUCCAUUGCUUCGUAAAUCUAUCUUACGUGCUGGUUUCGAUAAGUUUGCCAAUGGAAUUGUUACUAAGGUCAUGACUCUGAACUUGGCAACCAAGUUUUUGGUUCAAACUUCUCAGGCCCAGGAUAUUGUGAGAGGAGGAGAGAAGGUCAAUGCAUUGCCAGAAAGCGUGCAAUUGACCACCAAUCACCGUGUGGCCAUCGAGUCCACCACGGAUGAGAUUCUUGACCACUUUGUUUCCAGAGUUGUGGAGGUGGCUAAGAGACACGAACUUGGUGUUGAGGUUGCAGGCAAAACCUACCUCAACGCCACAACUAAGGGUAACUUUAAGGUUUCAUUGAGUCACGAAGCUUUGGAGCCAGCCCCUGUUACUCCAGUGGAUGACAAUGCAUGGAAGCAUUUGGCUGGAUCAAUUAGACAUAUCUACGAGGAUUUUGUUUUCAAGAACUUGACUCUGCCUGUUCUUGUCACUCCAGGUAUUAUGACUGGAAACACCGACACCAGACACUACUGGAACUUGACCAAGAAUAUCUACCGUUUCACGCCUGUUUUUAUGACUAACCUUAUCAAGGAGAGUCACGCACACAGUGUUGAUGAGAAGAUGGGUGUGGAUAACCACUUGCAGUUGACUGCAUUCUUCUACGAGUACGUUCAGUUGGUGGACAGUAAGAGUGCCGAUAAUUAG